GCUGCCGCUGCCUGGGUGGGGGGCGCCGAGCGAGGCGGCGAGCGGGGCGGUGCUGAGCCGCCUCGGGUCACCCCGCGGGUCCCCCGGGCCCAGCAGCCGCUCGCCUCCGCCUUCUGCCCGCGGGUUUCAUGAGAGAGAAAUGUCGGCAUCUCCCUCCUUCGUUACCGGGCUACAAGCAUUCCCUGGAGAUAUGGACCACUCAGCCGAUGGUUCCGGGCUCCCGGAAGGCUGUGAUGUUGAGUCUCAGAAAGAGAGAGUGGUGACAGAGGAGGAAUGGCUACAAAAAUGGGAAAUGGGUAACAUCGGGUUUCACAAGGAACAAGGGCAUCCGCUCCUUCAAAAGUAUCUGGAUGUUCUUUUAAAUGGCAGGAGUGGACUGAGGAUAUUUUUCCCACUUUGUGGAAAAGCAGUAGAGAUGAAAUGGCUGGCGGACAUGGGGCACAGUAUUGUUGGUGUGGAACUCAGUGAGCAAGCAGUAAAGGAAUUUUUUUCAGAACACAGUCUGCCUUAUUGUGAGGAGCAAGUCCCUGAGAUUUCAGGAGGAAAAAUGUUCCAGAGUACCUCUGGCAACAUUUCCCUCUACUGCUGCAGUAUUUAUGAUUUGUCCAGCUCAAUAGUUGGCAAGUUUGAUGGGGUUUGGGACAGAGGAGCUCUUGUAGCCGUGAAUCCACGCGACAGACAACGCUAUGCCAGUUUGAUGAUCAACCUAGUGGAGAAAAAUUCUUCUUAUCUCCUUGUUACGGUUUCAUAUGAUCCAAACAAACACAAAGCUGGAGAUCAAGCAGCAGCAACACCUGAAGCUGUCUGGCCCACCAAGGUACCACAAGAUCCUGGACAUGCCUUCUGGCUCCUGCUGAUGGAGCUGCACCCUGGGGCCCCAUUACAGGCCAGGUGCUGUGAGUGAAGGGGUUGGCUCUCCUACUGCAGUGUAAAUUUUGUCUUCUUCCCAUGUCUCCUCUCUGAUUAGCUUCACCCCUUUU